AGAAUGUCAUGCAUUGAUGGGUGGAUGGAAUAGAUUUUUUUUUCCUGCCCCUAGUGAUAAAAUUAAGUUCAGGGAUAGUUUACGGUUGGCCAACGUAUUAAAAGAAACAUGACUAGUAUAAAGUAACGCUUAAGUUUUUGUUAUUCUGCGCGUUCAAGAUAAAACUCUUAUUUAUGUUCUUCGUGUUUAGUCAUGUCUAAGUAUUGCGAGAAGGUUACAGGCUUUAUGGUCUGUCGUUUUCUACGUGGAAGCUGGCUUGACCGCAGCUUACGCAACACCAGCUGUACCCCCUAUCUCCUGCAGUUGCACCAUCACUGCGCUGCAGUCCUGGACACGCCCUGCAGCAUCCCGCAGUGUAAUUUCAAGGCUCUGACACAAACUGCUCCACGGGAUUAAAAUAAUAAUAAAUAAACAAUUAAUAAACUGCAGGACGAACAAAACAUCCAAGGAGGGUGGCUUGUGCUCCUCAACAACAGACUGUCACCGCGACGCUUCUCAAAGCCCCGGUACUGCCCACGGUUCGCUCUCUGCUUCAUAAGUCUUGUGACACCAACUGAGCUUCUUUACCAGCAGAAUGGCUAACGAUGAUAAAGGUUCAGCACCAAGUCUCUCUGCACGCCAGCUCCAAUCCCACCUCAAGAUGGAGCCAAAGACUUUGGGGGCAAUCCAAAUAGUGAUUGGAGCUUUGAUCCUAUGUCUUAGUGCCUCUGUGCUUCAACUCCAUGAAGUACACUUCACUGGGGAUGUAGCCCUGUUUCUCAUUGUUGUCAUACAGGUGACAUUGUCUGGCUCAGUAUUGGUCCAUAGUGGAAGAAAACCAACAAUGUUUUGGGUAAAAUGUGUCCUGGUGCUGCAUCUGGUCAGUGCUGCAUUUGCUACUGCUGCCCUGGGUCUUAUGUCCAAACAUCUCCCCUAUCGCCAGGAUUCUUACCACUGUGAACACUGCCGAAGACUAGAGCAACAUGCUGUGCAACAUUGUUUCAGAAAAUGCACCGGGCUGGUCGAGCAAAAGUGUAAACUACUUCUUGAUGGGAUUUUGGGAACUCUGGUGAUCUUCCUAGUCCUUGAGCUGCUGAUCUGCAUCACUGCCAUGUUGUUUGGACUAAGCGUUCUAGCUGCAGGAGGAAGCCAGGAUUCAAGUCACAGACCUGCCUAUCCACAGACACGCCCCCCACUUGCUCCUGCAGUUCAGACUGCUCAGGUUCCUCAAUCUGCAGUUGAGCCUCCUCAGGUGGCAGUAGUUGUGACAGAACCUGACUCAGAGCAAAUAGAAGACAUUUCCACACCACCGACUGAACCUCAGGUGGAACCAAUUGAAGGCAUUGCCAUGGAAUCCUGAACUGAGCUUUCACUGCUCUCUCUUGUUGUCAUGUUGUUCUCAGAAAGAGUAGAAAAUUUGAUCAUCAGUAAUGAAAAUGUUGUUUUCAGGAACUCCGUAUGAUUACACAUUUGUUGAUGGUUGCAUUUGAAGAUAAAUGGAAGCAAAUGAUUUUAGGUUAAAAAAAAUAGCCCUAGCAAUUUUUGAACCCUUUCCAAUCCAUUUCCCUAUGCUGAAUUGCAAUACAAGUUUAAAGGAAAAUUUUUACUGAAGUUAAUUCAGUUAAAGUCAAUUAAAUAAAUUUUAUUAAAGACAAUUUAACUUGGGAAGCAGUAACUGUUGAUUGAACUUAAAGCUGAGACUGUGAGGUAGGUAAAUCUUUUUAAGAAGUUCAAGAAUCGGGAUGUACUAUAUUCUGUGCAUAAAUGUGUCCACUCUAUAAUUCCAUCUUCAUAAUUGGUGUUGUCUGCUAAAAUAUGUCCGCUUUCCUUGUCCGGUUGGUUGUCCAACUUGCUUUUCACUAGCAGUACUGUUCACUUGGCACAACUUCAUCUGUACAGUUUUAACAGAUAUUGACAUACAUACAUCCACUCAUCAGCAAACUUAAUCAUACCACACACCUUCAAUUGGCACACAGCGUUUGAUCCCUAAUCUAUAAGUCUUAGCUGCACUUUAAUUAUUAGUUAGAAAUGUGAGAAAUUAUGCACAGAAAUACUUGUAUCCAACUAUUUUUUUUUUUUUCAAAGUGUUAACCACUGAGUAAUCACGGGUUCCACAAAAUGUAAGCGGCCAUUAUUUUACUUGUAAUUAUAGAAUAAAAUUUAAUUUAAUUCUGCUUAAAAUCCAACACAGCUUGCUACUCAUAUGUGUACUACGCACUGCUGUUUGUAGUGCUGACUGGUUAGUUAUUUAUGAAAACCACAUAAUUAUCAAUUAUCUUCAUAAGAGUGUAUAAACAUUGCAAUCACAGUGAAAAUAAAGUUAAUGAUUUGAAAACUCAAA